CCGUUUCAGCUUCUCAUGCGCCCUGCCCCUCAGCACACGGCAGCACGGAGCCUCCCGGGGCCGCCCACGUCAGGCACGGGACACCAGGACGGGUCUGGAGCUGCGGGGCUGCAGCGGCGGUACAGGGAGCGGUCAGCUGUAGCGGCGGCUUCAGCGGCGACAGAAGGACAUCAGAUACGUGGAAGCAUGUCUGGGAAGCCAGUUGUGCACUAUGCUAGUGUACGAGGCCGAAUGGAACCAAUAAGGUGGCUACUAGCAGCUGCUGGAGUUGAGUUUGAAGAAAGAAUUAUGAAAUCAAAGGAUGAUUACCAAAAGUUAAGGACAGAUGGAUUCCUGCUGUUCCAGCAAGUGCCCAUGGUGGAGAUUGAUGGGAUGAAGUUGGUGCAGACCAGAGCCAUCCUCAACUACAUAGCAGGGAAAUACAAUCUCUAUGGGAAGGACCUGAAGGAGAGAGCCCUAAUUGACAUGUAUGCAGAAGGAUUGGCAGAUCUGCAUGAGUUAGUCAUGUUCCAUGAAUUCAAACCAGCUAAUGAAAAGGAGAAAGAUCUUGCAAAUAUUAUGGACAAAGCCACAAACAGAUACUUACCAGUCUUCGAGAAGGUUUUGAAAGACCAUGGGCACGACUUUCUUGUUGGCAACAAGAUGAGCAAAGCAGAUGUGAGUUUACUGGAAGACAUUUUGUGGUUGGAAGAGUUGAAGCCUGAUGCACUUGCAAAAUUUCCUCUCUUGCAGAGUUUUAAAGCAAGAAUGAUCAAUAUCCCCAGCAUCAAGAAAUUCCUGCAGCCUGGCAGUGCAAAAAAACCACUGAUUCAGGAAAAAGACAUAGCAACUGUGCUAGCAAUUUUCCACUGAACAGCAGCCUAAGAGCAAUGCAACUCCAUUCCAUUGUCUGUGGCACUCCUGAGAAGCAAAGUGAAAUUACUGAAAUUAGUUUCACAAGUUUUGUAUGCACAUUGGCAGAUGCAAUGUUAACUCAGUUGUCUCAAAUUUAACAAAUUGCUUUAAAUGCUUAAAGUUUUCCAGAAAUAAAGUUGACAUUUAAAUGUUC